AUGAAAUGUGAGUUUGGGGUGAUUGGUGGUUCCGCUAGGCUUAGGAGGAAUUAUGGGGACUUUAGAGGGGUUGGUCGCGUUAUGCAGAAUCUUCGCAAUUUUUUUGAUCAAGAAUUUUUCAUCAGAAAAAAAUUUUGCGUGUUUUCAAAAACUGAAUAAAAUUUUUUUGGGGAAAUUUGAAAAAAAUAAUCGACCGGUCGAUUUUUUGCACUUGAUUUUUUUCAUCUAAAAUUUUUUCCUGGCAUUUGAGGGCUGCUUUUAUUUUUUAGUCUUCUGUUAUCCCGUAUUUUCAGCUCUUCUGGUCCUCACCGCCGUCUUCGCCUUGUUGUCGCUGGGUUUGGCCGACGACGACACCGAGCAGCGGCGAACUUGCGGUGGCAAGUUGUCUUCACGGAUCUGUGAAGCCUGCUCCGGAUGCCCAUGCAGCCUUGACCCCAAACGUAGGUGGAAAAUAGAGAAAAUCAACGAUCUUGUCCGGAGAAACACUUGACCCAUUUUGAGUCAAGUCUUUCUCUGAGAGAAAAACAAAUAUAGUUAUAUAUUUUUUUGACACUUUUGCUUUCAGGCUUGCGCCUUCUUGAUGACGGCGAUCUGCCGACCAAAUGCUGCUCCGUGAAAUGCAGCAACGAAGAGAUCCGAGCGGUCGUUUGCCCUGACCAUCCCACAUGCCCUUAG